CGCCGUUUGCCGGAUCGCCCGACAGUUGCAGUGCCUUGGUCUUCAAGCCCCUCUCAGCGUGCAGGAGCUCCUGACAGACGCUCCAUAUACCUACAUACCUGUCUUCCAUUGCGGCUCGUGCCUUCAUUCUGGCAGCCCUGUCCCCGUGAAGAUGGACGACGAUCUGACCUUCGAAGCCGCUUCACCUAAUACUAUGAUGGUCGACGCCCCUGAGGAACAUGUCGUCGAGGCAAACUUAGCAGAGGCCGAAGAUGUCGCCAUCAUAAACCCCGAUGGCAUGGAGACUACCACUCCCCUUGUGACUGACCACGAGGCCAUGAAGCCGCACGUGCUUCCGCCCUUGGUUGAAGAGCCCCGAACCCUCGAAGAUGUGGUGUUCACGUGGACGCUGGAGGGGUGGCGGACGCUGAGCAAGAAAGAGCAUAGCCCGGUAUUCCAUGCAGGCGGCUCUCCAUGGCGAAUCCUUCUCUUUCCGCACGGCAACAAUGUUCUCGAUCAUUGCUCCGCCUACCUCGAGCACGGGUUCGAUAGCAUUAACAGUAUACCCGACGAUUGGGCCAUGUGUGUACAGUUCUCGCUCGUGCUGUGGAAUCCGAACGAUCCGUCCAUCUAUUGGCAUCAUAGUGCCCACCACCGCUUCACCAAGGAGGAGAGUGACUGGGGAUUUACGAGGUUUUUGGAGCUGAGAAAGAUGUUUAACAACGUAUGGGAGAACCACGAUCGGCCCCUUGUCGAGAACGACUGCGCCAAGAUCAGCGCGUUCGUCAGGAUUGUUGAGGAUGAAACCGGCGUCCUGUGGCAUAACUUCAACAACUACGAUUCCAAGAAAGAGACGGGAUAUGUUGGGCUCAAGAACCAGGGCGCAACGUGCUACCUGAACUCGCUCUUGCAAUCAUUAUACUUUACCAAUGCCUUUCGCAAGGCCAUCUACCGGAUCCCCACACAGCACGACGAGAGCAUGAGCAAUAGCGCCUACACCUUACAGAGGCUGUUCUACCAGCUGCAAACCUCCAAUACAGCCGUAGGGACGAAUGAACUGACCAAAUCAUUUGGCUGGGAGACGCGGCACAUCUUCGAGCAACAGGAUGUGCAAGAGCUCUCGCGGAAGCUCAUGGAGCGAAUGGAGGAUAAAAUGAAGGGCACCGAGUUCGAGAAGGCACUACCGCAGAUGUUCAGUGGCAAGAUCAAGACAUACAUCUCUUGCAUCAACGUGCCGUACGAGUCCAGCCGUGUCGAGGACUUCUGGGAUGUCCAGCUCAACGUCAGCGGCAACGAGAAUCUCCUGGACAGUUUCCAGGACUAUAUCCAGGUGGAGAAGCUCGAUGGCGAGAACCAGUACUACGCGGGCGAGCAGUACAAGCUGCAAGAUGCCAAUAAGGGCGUGAUUUUCAUGAGUUUCCCUGACGUGCUCCAUUUGCAGCUGAAGCGGUUUGAGUACGAUAUACAACGCGAUGCCAUGAUGAAGAUCAAUGAUCGAUACGAGUUUCCAGAGGAAUUUGACGCCUCGCUUUACCUGGACAAAGAGGCUGACAGGUCGGAAUCAUGGGAAUACCAACUUCAUGGCGUCUUGGUACAUAGCGGCGACCUUAAUGCGGGCCAUUACUACGCCUUUUUGAAGCCAAACAAGGACGGUUGGUGGUAUAAGUACGACGACGACCGCGUCACCAGGGCUACGAAACGGGAAGUUCUUGAGGAGAAUUUCGGCGGCCCUUUCAAGCUGCCAAACGGCUCGCUCCGGACACUCAAAGAUAAGAAGGUUCCCGUUAUGCGACCUAACAGCGCAUACAUGCUGGUGUACAUUCGCAAGUCGAGACUCGACAAAAUCCUCUGCCCGGUAACAGCAGAAGACACCCCAGCACAUCUUCAGAAGAGAUUCGAGGAGGAAAUGGCCGCGCGAGAGGCCCGGCGCAGAGAAAGAGAAGAACAGCACCUCUAUCUCGGCGUGAAGGCGAUUACCGAAGCAACCUUUCAACAACAUGGCGGCACCGAUCUCACGAACUUUGACGCAGCGCCAGAGCAGGAUCCCGCAGCACCACGGUUCUACCGAGUGCUUCGCACGGCUACAAUGAAAGACCUGGUAAACCACAUCGCGGCCGAUAUCGGGCAAGACCCUAGACGGGUUCGGCUCUGGCACAUGGUUAACCGCCAAAACAAGACGAUUCGCCCGGAUCAACCCGUCAUGGACCUCCGCCCGACCGUUGAAGAAGUUUACGUAAAGGCAUCCGCUCACAGGGAUCAGGCGCUGCGUGUGUGGGUUGAGGUUGCUGAGGAGGUCAACGCUGAGGGCGCUGCGGUUUGGCCGGCAUAUUCCGGGCUACCGAAUGGGGUUGUCGUAAAAAAUGACCUUAUCCUGCUCUUCCUCAAGUGGUUCGACGUCGAAUCUCAGACCCUGAGAGGCAUUGGCCAUGUCUACAUCAGCAAGGAAAAGAAAGUGGAGGAUCUGCUGCCAAUCAUCAUGAAGCGAAUGGGCUGGGGUGAUAAGCUCCCUAGCGACGAGAGGAUCCAGCUCUGGGAGGAAAUCAAACCCAACAUGAUUGAGGGCUUGAAAGCGAAGGUUACGCUCAGAGUCUCCGAACUCCAGGAUGGCGACAUUGUUUGCUUCCAGCGGGUCCACGAGCGCAAGCCGAUGCUAGGUCUAGGAGCCCCCCGUGACAUAUCGAGAUCAACGGACCGGCUUGAAGACGCGAGAGAGUACUACGAUUUCCUGCUGAAUAAGAGGGUGGUCACAUUCCUUCCUCACCCCCAGAAAUGCGAUGCGGAAACAUAUCCGGGUUUUGAGAUGGUAUUGAACUCCAAGAUCAGCUAUGACAAGCUCUCGGAAAAGAUUGGCGAGCGGCUGGAAGUCGAGCCGACGCACCUCCGCUUUUACACGAUCAAUGCAAGCUCUGGUAACCCCAGGAACGCUGUCAAGCGAGGGUCGAACCAGACGCUCGGCGGCAUCCUCAACCCGGCAGGUUAUAGUCAGCUGAACAUGAACCAGCGGAACGACGAGCUCUUCUUUGAAGUCCUCGACAUGAGCCUUGCCGAGUUGGAGACGAAGAAGGGCAUCAAGGUCACUCUCCUUAGCGAGGGUAUCACGAAAGAGGAUCAAUUCGACCUUCUUGUGCCCAAGAACGGCCAAGUGGAAGACCUCAUUGAAUGCCUAGUCAAGAAGGCGAAAAUCCCUAGCGAAGAGGAAGCAGGGCGGAUCCGCAUUUACGAGAUCAGCAAUCAUAAGUUUUUCCGGGAACUGGAGAGGAACUAUCCGGUGAUCAGCAUCAAUGAUUACACAUCGGUGAUAGCUGAACGCAUGCCUCCGGAGGACGCCGAGGUCAAGGAUCAGACGCACUUCAUAUCGGUAUUCCAAUUCCAGGGCGAGCCUAGCAGGCCGCAUGGCAUACCGUUCCGCUUCCUGCUCAGGGAAGGAGAACCGUUCUCCGAGACCAAGAAGCGAUUAGAAAAGCGAACGGGGCUCAAGGGGAAGAGCUUCGAGAAGAUAAAGUUCGCCGUGGUCCGCAGGGCGCAGUUUUCAAGACCGCAAUAUCUAACAGAUGAUGACAUUCUCUGGGACGUGGCCGCAAACCCGGACGAUGCUCUGGGCAUGGACCAUCCCGACCGGACGAGAUCAGUGCGGAAUGGCGUUGACCUGUUUCUCAAGGGCUAGACAUUGCAUUGGGGAUGCAUUGUUGGCACAUUUUCUGGUGCAGUACGGGCAUGGUGUAUCUGUGUCUUGAGCCUAGUGACCGCUGUUUUUGGGUCAAAAGUGGUAUUCCGGGAUCCAGCUGUAUUGGUUACGUUUCUUCUUGGACUUUUAUCCUUUUCUACUGGUGGCUAUCGUGGGCGAGAUGGCUGUGCCGUGGGUGAUACACGGAUAGCAGCGGGCAAUAGGGAAGGCGGUUAUGUGGCAGUAAGAGUAGAGAUUGGGUGGAGGAAUGGUUAGGGGUGUUUUAACCAUAACCAAGAUAGCAAGCAGUUUGAAGGUAGCUGGCCAGAGGCUGGUGGUUUAUUCAGUACACAAUGCUACACUAGUAGGUGGUUAACAUUACCCCUUACGGCGACGGUUGAG